AUGGUGGAAAUCACAGAUGAAGGUUCUAUUUCAAGCAAGUCACAUGCCGAGUAUAUGCGCAACGCUCUUCACGCCAAGAACAAGUUAGGUUUCAUCGAUGGCUUGGUCACCAAGCCGAGAUCCGGAGUUGAUGAGAUCAAGUUUCGUUUCUCUGUUGGGAACGAGCCUCGCGUCUAUGAGCUCAAAACAAGUGUUGCUACUUUCAAACAAGAAGCACACUCGGUUCAGGACUAUUUUGGGAAGUUGAAGCUUUUGUGGGAUGACUUGAAUGACUUUGAGCCGAUUCCGGAGUGUUGUUGUGGUCAGAGUAAUUGUGCAUCGGUUAAGAAACAACUUGCUUUGCGUAACAAAGAACGCAAGUAUCAAUUUCUUAUGGGGCUCGAUAGUGUUCGUUUUGGAACUACUCGGUCAAAUAUUUUGUGUAUGAAUCCUCCUCCCACACUGGAGAAUGCUUUCUCCAUGGUGCUCAAGAAGAACGUCAUCAACACGUUACUCGCGUGUCAUGAAGAAAGAACUUGUUACCAACUUCAUGGUUUUCCGACGGAUUCUGGCCGUGGUCGUGGCAGAGGACGUGGAAACAACUAUGGUCGUGGACGUGAGGUUGGUGUUGGUGUUGGUCGAGCGAAUGCGGUUCACGCUAACUUUGGUGAGCUUGGUGCAACUACUACUCCGCAACAUGUCAUCACCGAUGCUGAUCGUCAAGGUUUGCCAUUGAAUAAUGAACAGUGGGAGACACUCGUGUCACUUCUCAAUUCGGCAAGGCCAGCUCCGCGUGAUCGUCUAUCGGGUAUUAUCAUUCAAUAUGGUGCUUCGGUUCAUCUUACAGGUAAUAUUGAUCUUCUGUUUGAUACAUAUGAUAUUCUUCCUUGUCAUGUGGCUUUACCCAAUGGAGAAAAUGCCAUAUCUACUAAAGAGGGAAAAAUGAAACUUGGAGAUUCUGUGAUUCUUUCUCACGUUCUCUAUAUACCUAAUCUUCGUCCUACACUAAUAUCUGUGGCUCGUCUGUUGAAGGAGAAACCAUGUUUAGCAAUAUUUACUGAUAAGUUUUGUUAUUUGCAGGACCGAGUUAUGAGGAUGCUGAUUAGUGAUGGUUUGUACUUCUUCCGGGGUGUUUUUGGUUUUCAAGUUAAUGUGGCUGUUGUGGAGUCUCGUGGACUUUGGCAUCGUCGUUUAGGUCAUCCAUCGCAGUCUGUGCUUUCUCAUUUAUCUGGUGUUGUUGAUUUAAGUAAUGACAAGUUAGUUUCUCAAGUUCCAUGUCACGUUUGUGUCCGUGUGAAACACUUAAGUUCUUCUUUCCGGGAAAGUAUUAAUAAAGCAGUUGAAGUUUUUUCCCUUUUUCAUUGUGAUGUGUGGGGACCGUAUCAAUCACCAGCAACUUGUGGAUCAGUUUACUUUCUUACCAUUGUGGAUGACUAUUCUAGGGCCGUUUGGGUGUACUUGAUGCGAGCUAAGAGUGAAGUGGCGCUCCUUCUUCAGAAUUUAUGUCAUAUGGCCGAUCGACAGUUUGACAAGAAAGUUUGUGUGGUUCGUAGUGAUAAUGGGACAGAAUUCAUAUGUCUCAAAUCAUUCUUUGCGUCACAAGGGAUUCAACAUCAAACAUCUUGUGUUGGUACUCCUCAACAAAACGGUCGCGUCGAGGGGAAGCAUCGACACAUUUUGAAUGUGGCUCGUUCUUUACGGUUUGAAGCCUUGUUGCCUAUUCAGUUUUGGGGCGAUUGUGUGCUCACUGCAGCACAUCUCAUCAAUCGCACACCUUCUUCCGUGUUAGAUGGGAACACGCUAUAUGAAAUGUUGUUUGGGAAGAAACCAAUGUAUGAAAGGAUUCAUACAUUUGGAUGUUUAUGUUAUGCACACGAAGGCACUAGGAAACGUGUUAAGUUCGAUGAGCGUGCCACUCGCUGUGUAUUUCUGGGUUAUUCUCAUAGUCAGAAGGGAUGGAGAGUUUAUGAUCUUGAAAGAGAAGAAUAUUUUGUUUCCCGAGAUGUGGUGUUUAAUGAAGAGGUUUUCCCUUUUGCAUCUCCAAUGGAGUCUCCUCCUUCUCUGUCAAGUACUCCGUCUUUCCCUGUUGUUGUUGCUGAAGAUGAUGAAGUUUGUCCAAUUCCACUUCUUGUCAGUGGAGAGCAGUCUGUCGUAAGGGGGAGCUCUCUAAUUACAGAGGAUGUCAUACCUAAUACAUCUAUGGAUGUGUGUGACACAGUUUCUCCUGAUACAGUUGAUGUUGGAUCUCCCACGCUGAAGGAUGUGAGUGAUCCAAUUGUCGUGUCUGACACACCGUCGGAUGUGUGUGACACAAGCUCUGCAGAUACUGCAGACAAUAAUGAGUCUUCUGCAGUAGUGAAGUCGCCUGAAGCAUUGGGUUGUGGGAAGAGAAAGAAAACCAAGUCAGUCUUACUUGCACCAUAUCAAACUUAUGCUGCCAAGACUAUUGAUAAACCAUCACACUCCACUCCCCCUUCGGCUCCUAAUAUCGGUUCUUCAGGUACACCUUAUCCUAUUGCUAAUCAUGUAUCUUCAGUGCGUUUUUCAGCAGGCUAUUGUGCUUAUUUGGCUGCCAUUACCGAAGCUGAAGAACCCACUUCGUUCUCUAGAGCCAUGACUUAUGCUGAAUGGCGAGCUGCAAUGGCCGAGGAGAUCACAACACUUGAAGAUAAUGCCACUUGGUCGUUGUGUGAUCUUCCUCCUGGAAAGAAAGCUAUCGGCUAUAAAUGGAUCUAUAAGAUUAAACACAAUUUUGAUGGUUCUAUUGAGCGUUACAAAGCUCGUUUGGUUACUCUUGGUAAUCGACAAGUAGAGGGUCUCGAUUACAAAGAAACAUUUGCACCAGUUUCCAAGUUGACCACAGUUCGCACUUUUCUUCGGAUUGCAGCUGCUCGCAAUUGGGAACUUCACCAAAUGGAUGUUCAUAAUGCUUUUCUUCAUGGGACAUUGGAAGAGGAAGUUUAUAUGAAGCUUCCGCCGGGUUUUGCCAAACGUACUCCGAACAAGGUUGUCAAGUUACAUAAGUCUUUGUAUGGACUUAAGCAAGCACCACGUUGUUGGUUUAGUACAUUCCGUGAUGCUCUUUUACGGUAUGGUUUUCGACAGUCUUCUUCGGAUACAUCUCUUUUCUCGUUGAUUAAUGGAGAUAGUCAUCUCUAUGUCUUGGUGUAUGUUGAUGAUUUGGUUAUUGGUGGAAGUGAUCCUAGUGAUAUCUCUAGUUUCAAAGAAUAUCUACGCAACUGUUUUCACAUGAAAGAUUUAGGACAUCUACGUUACUUCCUUGGUCUCGAGAUUGCUCGCAAUGAAGAUGGUAUUUUUCUGUGCCAACGCAAGUAUGCCUUGGAUAUUAUUACUGAGUGUGGGCUUCUCGGUGCUCGUCCGUCUGUGGUUCCAAUGGAGCAAAAGCAUCACUUGACCGAUGCUACAAAUGCAUAUUUUCCAGAACCAGAGCGUUAUCGUCGUAUCGUCGGACGUCUUAUAUAUCUCACCCUUACAUGUCCAGACCUUGCUUAUACGGUUCAUAUACUGUCCCAGUUUAUGCAAGCUCCUCGCCAAUCGCAGUGGGAAGCUGCAUUACGAGUGGUCCGAUUCCUCAAAGGAGCUCCGAGUCAAGGUAUCUUGUUUCGCUCCAAUUCUGCCAUUUCCCUUGAAGCAUUUUCUGAUGCAGAUUAUGCUUCCUGUCUUACGACACGGCGUUCGCUUACCGGUUAUGUUAUGCUUCUUGGUGGCUCUCCUAUUUCCUGGCAAACUAUCAAGCAUCGUGUUGUCUCCCGUUCUUCUUGUGAAGCUGAAUAUUGUUCUUUAGCUGAUACGGUGUGUGAAAUCAAAUGGGUUCGCAAACUUCUUCAUUUCUUUGGUUUGUCUCAAGAUCGUCCUAUUCCUCUUCAUUGUGAUAAUCAAUCUGCAUUGCAACUUGCUGCCAAUCCUGUUUUUCACAAGCGAACCAAACAUUUUGAGGUUGAUUGUCACAUCACUCGAGAUGCCAUUACGGACGGUUUGAUCACCAUGGCGCAUAUUGGGACUGAAGAACAACCGGCUGACAUGUUCACCAAAGCUCUUGGGAGAGCUCAACUUCUUCACUUACUUUCCAAGCUGAGCAUUUGUGAUCUUCAUGCUCCAGCUUGA